GACAUUGGCAUUCAUUACGCUAAAAUCCCACGAGUCGACUGCGUGUGCUGUGAAGCAGUGUGAUAAUUAAGCAAAAUUAAUAAGUUUUACCGGUUGUAUUUCAUAUAUCCCUAAAAAAACAAUCAGCAAAAUGGUGCACAUUGUGAAGGACGAAAAUGAUUUCAAGACUCAGCUGACGAAUGCAGGCGACAAACUGGUCGUUGUUGAUUUCUUUGCCACCUGGUGUGGACCCUGCAAGAUGAUCGCUCCCAAGCUGGAAGAACUCGCCCAACAAUAUACUGGCAAGAUUGUUGUACUCAAGGUUGAUGUUGACGACUGUGAAGCUAUUGCCAUGGAAUACGAAGUGUCCAGCAUGCCCACGUUCCUGUUCUUGAAGAACUCUAAGAAGAUUGAACAGUUUGCCGGAGCUAAUGCCAACAGACUGGCCGAAACUAUUGCGCAGCACCUUUAAGCCACGCCUGAAAUGCCUGUUAAUGGAUUGUCUGCAACAAAUAAACAAACAAUAAGUUCAGGAAUAACACUAAAAGACAAUUCACUUAACGUAUUCUAAACUUUUCUUUACGAAAAUGUAGCUAAUUAUUAUGUAUUCCAUAAGUGCAACGUUUGCCAGUGACGUGUCCAGCACAUGCAUGCCUCAAUCAUUGAAAAUCUAAUUGAAUCCCUUUUGCACCAUGGUUUCCACCCACCCAAGAUUUAGAGCAUUAUUUGGAACAAGUACAUUAAAUUGUUUAUUGUGUUCAACACUGUAGCGCAGGAGGUGGCUUUUAAUGUAAUUGCAAUUAACGCAAAGUUCGCUUUAUUAAUUGAAAAAUAUUUAAUAAUUUAAUACCUUUUGUAACGCGAAACACAUUGUAAAGAACAACAACAUUGUCAACACAAACAGCAAACCGAAGCAAAUUAAAUAAAUAAAUGUGAAAAACA